AUGGUUUUGGAAGCUGGUUCAAAUCCGAUAGAAACAAUCAAACAUCCUGGGGAAUUCGACACAAUGUUGAAAACAGUUUUAUAUCCUAAAGAUUUCGAUUCAGUUUCAGGCUGGAUACCCGAUGUUGGUGAUGGAAGUAUUUUAAAAGAACCGGUAAGAAAUCUUGCAAAUGACGCCGAUUUAGCUAGAGUGAGAGUUGUUGCUCGAAACACGAUAGAAAGAGUAGGACGAGCAAUUAAUCAUGGAUUCGAAAAACGAGUACUUCAGUAUAAUAAUGUUGUUGAGAAUAAUAGGUGGGGUAAUUACGUAAAUUGGAAAUUAUAUCCUUUAUUCGGUCUGUUGGAACAUAGAAAAGUUUCCAUAGGCUUACCAUAUAAAAUUCAUCUACAAAGAGAAAUCAACAACGAUAAGAUAUUCUUUGGAGAGAAUGGUUCAGAUGCAAAAUUAGAAAUAACGAAUCUCCAACUUUUCAUACCCGUAAUAACACCAUCAAUUGAAGUAGAAACGAAAAUAUUCAACUCGUUAACUAAAGACAUCGAAAUUGCUUUUCUUCGUCGUAACACGGUAGGUAGCAUGACUUUAACGGAAGAAUCCACCACGUGGCCAAUUACCAACAGCGUCAAACCAGCGAGAUAUCUAAUGGUCGGUUUCAAAAACUUGCCAGACUGUCACACAAACAACAACAACAUUUUCAGAGUGGCAAUGAACCAAACUCAAGAUCCCAUCAUUCGCAAAGUUCAAGUCAGAUUGAACAACGAUAAUUAUCCCAAUCAACCUGUUACAAUUGAUCCUUCCAAAAAAAAGAUUACAACGAAUUAUACAGAAACUAUAAAAACAUGUGUGAAUUAUUUGGAAAUCCACCUCAGUUUGAAUAUGUAG